GUUUCAGUUUACUCCCAGUUUCCGCGCAUGAUUCUUUAGAACCGUCCUCAGUGAUUCAGCUGCCAGAGCUGCUAGUAUUGAUCUAGUGUAAACCUGCUGAUGUUCGAGGUUCUCAUCACGUGAACAGGAGUAGAAAUAUUAUUGUAGAACCAGUAGAUUAAUCUCGUCAACAUGUCGGGAAACCAGGGGAUGGAGUCCCUCAUCCCCAUCAUCAAUCGGAUGCAGGAUGCCUUCACCCAGCUCGGCGUUCAUAUGGCGAUUGACCUCCCGCAGAUCGCUGUGGUCGGCGGUCAGAGUGCAGGAAAAUCGUCUGUGCUGGAAAAUUUCGUCGGAAAGGAUUUCCUUCCCCGUGGUUCUGGUAUUGUAACCAGAAGACCUCUUAUCCUACAACUUAUCAACGGUCCUACAGAGUAUGGAGAAUUCCUUCACUGCAAGGGACAAAAGUUCAUGGACUUCCUUUCUAUCAUGAAGGAGAUAGAGGACGAGACUGACAGGGUGACCGGGAGCAACAAGGGGAUCAGUAACCUUCCAAUCAAUCUCAGGGUUUACUCUCCGCACGUUCUCAAUAUCACUUUAAUCGAUCUGCCUGGUUUGACCAAGAUGGCUAUCGGGGACCAACCUUCGGAUAUAGGAGAGCAAAUCAGAGACAUGAUUAUGACCUACAUAUGUCGGGAAACCUGUUUGAUAUUGGCCGUGACCCCGGCCAACACUGACUUGGCAACCUCUGACGCGCUCCAGCUAGCUAAGCAAGCAGAUCCGGACGGUUUACGAACUAUCGGAGUGUUGACCAAACUAGAUCUUAUGGAUGAGGGAACUGACGCUAAGGAGGUUCUAGAGAACAAGCUUCUUCCUCUCAGGAGAGGAUAUGUAGGAGUUGUGAACCGUUCUCAGAAAGAUAUUGAAGGAAAGAAGGAUAUUAGGCUUGCAGUUGCUGCAGAGCGGAAGUUCUUCCUCUCUCAUCCUGCUUACCGACACAUGGCGGAUAGGUGCGGAACCCCAUACCUUCAGAAGCAACUGAACCAACAGCUUACAAACCACAUCCGUGAAUCCCUUCCCGCUCUUCGUGACAAACUUCAACGUCAGCUCCUAAGUCUAGAGAAGGAGGUCGAACAGUAUAAAUAUUUCAGGCCAGAUGACCCAAGCAUCAAGACAAAAGCUAUGCUGCAAAUGAUUCAGCAGCUGCAGCAAGAUUUCGAGCGCGCUAUUGAAGGAAGUGGAAGCGCGGCAGUGAAUACACUAGAGCUCAGCGGCGGAGCUAAGAUUAAUCGUCUUUUCCAUGAGAGGUAUAAUUAAAUCUUCUAAAG